AUGGACUCCAGCGUGGGGGAAUAUGGCAUGGCUCGUCUUGGAUUGUUUUUGGUUUUGAUGGGGCUGUGGAGAUUUAGCGAUGCUUGCCCCGCAUCCUGCACUUGCAGCAUCUCAAGGAUUGUUUGUAUUGAUUCUGUACCGGGGAUCGAGGAUUUCCCUGUCCUCCCGUUAGAUGACAUGGAAAACAUCACCGAGAUAUACAUUACGAAUCAAAACAGACUGUUUGACAUCAAUGACAACAGUCUGAGGCACUACAUAAACCUCAGAAACCUAACAGUGAUGAGGACAAGACUGACGUCUAUAUCGUCAGAUGCAUUUUUCAACAACACAAGACUCCAAUAUGUAAAUCUCCGAGACAAUAACCUAUCAACACUGUCAUGGAGAAUAUUUCAGAACUUUAACUCAACAUACCCGCUCCUGCUGUCCGGUAACCCUCUGGAUUGUGUUUGUGAGAACUUGUGGAUCAAACUGAGGCUCCUUGAAGAAACCGACAGUCCAGAGCUGACAUGCAUAGACGACCGAGGAGCGCCGAGAGCCUUUGCUACGCUCACUCCACCAGACUGUGUGAUUCCCAAAGUAGAGGUCACCCCGAAAACCGUGACGAUGAUGCAGGGGACUAAUGUCAAAGCUGUGUGCAGCGCCUCGGGCUCCCCUCCUCCUGAGAUACUGUGGAACCUCGAUUGGCUCUCCACCCACCACGAGAUCGAACCUUCGGAUACGGAGAGCAGCAUCACCUUGUCGAAGCUGUCUUCCGACGAUAACGACAAGGUGAUCAUCUGCAGCGCCGAGAACAUGGUCGGUCAGAGCGAGGCCACCUUGCAGCUCAACAUUCUCUUUGCCCCCACCGUCCAGCAGCUGCUGGAGCCGGAGCGGGACCACCACUGGUGCAUCCCAUUCAGCGUGAAGGGGAACCCCAAGCCCAAGCUGCAGUGGUACCAAGAGAACGUGGCUCUGCUGGAGCACGAGCACAUGCGCACCAGGUUCCACAUGUCCACCAAGAGCGUGUACCACGGCUGCCUGCAGCUGGUCAACCCCACGCACAUCAAUAACGGCGUUUACAGGCUGGUGGCGAAGAAUAAGUACGGCCGGGACGAGAAGGAGGUCACUGCCCAGUUCAUCGACCCGCCUUACAUCAACCACACAGGUGUCUUUUCACAGUUCUUUUAUUUUUAUCUUUUUUUUCCAGACUCUCCUCCGCUGGACGACAGUGUUGCAGUGUAUGUUGUUGUGGGAAUCGCAGGAGUUGCCUUGACUGGCUGCGUUCUGAUGGUGAUCAUUCUGAAAUAUGGAAGAAACUCCAAGUUUGGUAUUAAAGGCUCCUCCUCAGUCAUCAGUAAUGACGAUGACUCUGCCAGCCCUCUUCAUCACGUCUCCAAUGGCAACAACACCCCGUCGUCCUCGGAGAUGGGUCCAGACGCGGUGAUCAUCGGGAUGACAAAGAUUCCUGUCAUUGAGAACCCUCAGUACUUCCGUAACUCCGGCAGCAUGCUGAAAUCUGACACGUUUGUGCAGCACAUCAAGAGACACAACAUUGUGCUGAAGCGGGAGCUGGGAGAGGGAGCCUUCGGGAAGGUGUUUCUGGCCGAGUGCUACAACCUGACACCGGACCAGGAGAAGCUCCACGUGGCCGUCAAGACUCUGAAAGAGGCCAACGAGAGCGGCCGGGCGGACUUCUACCGAGAGGCCGAGCUCCUCACCAACCUGCAACAUGAACACAUCGUCACUUUCUACGGCGUGUGUGUGGAGAGCGACCCGCUCAUCAUGGUGUUCGAAUAUAUGAAACACGGGGACCUGAACAAGUUCCUCAGGUCCCACGGUCCUGAUGCGGUGCUCAUGUCAGACGGUCAACACAGCAUCCUGGUGGAGCUCACCCAGUCCCAGAUGCUGCACAUUGCCCAACAGAUUGCGGCCGGCAUGGUCUACCUGGCCUCUCAGCACUUUGUCCACAGAGACCUGGCAACCAGGAACUGCCUGGUAGGAGAGAACCUGCUGGUGAAGAUCGGCGACUUCGGCAUGUCCAGAGAUGUUUACAGCACAGACUACUACAGAGUGGGCGGUCAUACGAUGCUGCCGAUCCGCUGGAUGCCUCCAGAGAGCAUCAUGUACCGGCGGUUCACCACAGAGAGUGACGUGUGGAGCCUCGGCGUGGUGCUGUGGGAGAUCUUCACCUACGGCAAGCAGCCGUGGUACCAGCUGUCCAACAAUGAGGUGAUCGAGUGCAUCACGCAGGGCCGCGUGCUGCAGAGGCCCCGCUCCUGUCCCAAAGAGGUGUACGACCUGAUGCUGGGCUGCUGGCAGAGGGAGCCCUACAUGAGGCUGAACAUCAAGGAGAUCCACAGCAUGCUCCAGAGCCUGGCCAAGGCCUCACCCGUGUACCUGGACAUACUGGGCUGA